AUGACAUUCUAUUUUCAAGCAAAUGGUAUUACAAUCGAUGCUGAUCGAAAACCGUUAUUUUUGUGGUCUAUUGGCGAUCAGGUUUACAGUUUAUUAGAAUCUCUAGUAGCUCCUCGACUUUUAACUGAAUCUGAACUUACAUAUACAAAUUUAAUUGGUCUUUUGGACAAACAUUAUGAUGAUACUAAAAACAUAAUAACACCAACAAUUAUCAUGAAAUUUUAUUAA